CUCAUCCUGCGGGGAUGGCACUUCCCCCUGGUGCCCAGGCUGAGCCCCGGUCCCGGUCCCGAGUGCAGCCUCACGGCUGCUGUGCAAGAGGAGCCGCGCCAAGGAGACAGGGGAGACGGUGAUCAGCUGCUCAGAAGAGGAGCAAUGAACUCCUCAUUCCACCUGCACUUCUGGGAUCUUGGGCUGAACGCCACGGAAGGCAACCUCUCGGGACUGAGUGUGAGGAACGCGUCCUCACCAUGUGAGGACAUGGGCAUUGCGGUGGAGGUGUUCCUGGCCCUGGGCCUCAUCAGCCUGCUGGAGAACAUCCUGGUCAUCGGGGCCAUUGUGAGGAAUCGGAACCUGCACAUCCCCAUGUACUUCUUCAUGGGCAGUUUGGCGGUGGCCGACAUGUUGGUGAGCUUGUCCAACUUCUGGGAGACCAUCACCAUCUACCUGCUCACCAACAAGCACCUGGUGAUGGCCGAUGCCUCCGUGCGGCACCUGGACAAUGUGUUCGACUCCAUGAUCUGCAUCUCCGUGGUGGCCUCCAUGUGCAGCCUGCUGGCCAUUGCUGUGGACCGCUAUGUCACCAUCUUCUGCGCCCUGCGCUACCAGCGCAUCAUGACGGGGCGGCACUCGGGGGCCAUCAUCGCCGGCAUCUGGGCCUUCUGCACCAGCUGCGGCACGGUCUUCAUCGUGUACUACGAGUCCACAUACGUGGUCGUCUGCCUCAUCGCCAUGUUCCUCACCAUGCUGCUCCUCAUGGCGUCUCUGUACACCCACAUGUUCCUUCUGGCUCGAACCCAUGUCCGGCGCAUUGCCGCCCUGCCUGGGCACAGCUCUGUGUGGCAGAGGACUGGCGUGAAGGGCGCCAUCACCCUGGCCAUGCUGCUGGGCGUCUUCAUCGUCUGCUGGGCCCCCUUCUUCCUCCACCUCAUCCUGAUGAUUUCGUGUCCUCAGAACCUCUACUGCUCUUGCUUCAUGUCUCACUUCAACAUGUACCUCAUCCUCAUCAUGUGUAACUCUGUGAUUGACCCUCUGAUAUACGCCUUCCGCAGCCAAGAGAUGCGGAAGACCUUUAAGGAGAUUGUUUGUUUUCAGGGCUUCAGAACACCCUGUAGGUUCCCGAGCAGGUACUAAACCAGAAGUCCUUCUCUCUGCAGCUCUUCUCUCUUUCAUCGCCCUUAUGCCAAAGUGGGUUAGGAGGAGUCAGAACUGGAAAUUACACCAUACAUUCCCUUCAUCUUUUCUCCACCUUGAAUCUGUGUCUAAGAGGCAGCUUUUCCCUGAUCGGUAGUCAUUGGGUCAAAGGUGCACGUGCCACUUCUCUGCCUUGAGAACGCUCAUGAUAGUUUCUUACAGCCUGCUUUCCUCCUGCACUUUCUGCUGUUCCCACCCACUUCUGGGGUCCCUGGCACCCUCCAUCUUCUGAGUGUGUGCUCAGGGGAGGUGACACUCCAUGAGCAAGUCUAAGUAUGAUGAGCAUGGCUGGACCUGGGAGAAAAGCUGUGAACACACUGCGGUGCAUGAUCACUUUCUGUCCCAGAAGCAGUUCCCUAACUUUCUGUGAUGCCCCUGGGAGUUCGGCGUGCUUUUCGGGGCAGAGUAGAGCGGUUAGAUUGUUUCCAUUUGAAAAUUUCUGUCUAUUUGCUGUGGGAAUUUUCCACAGCUCUCCUUUCCUGAACUCCUGGUUUCAUGGCUUGUGUCCAUGAUUGUACAGGGAUGACAUUUCUUUAAUUAUAUUUCUGUCAGUCAUGUUUUUGCACUAAUCUAGACAGAAAACCUCUUGCCACAAACUUUCCCUUAAAUGGCAUGAACAUCUUUGUGACUCUUUCUUACUGUCUUAUUCUGACUCAGUCCGGAAUUUCCAAGUGAGUGUUUUGGGGGCAUGGGAGGCCCCGAGGUACCUGCCAUGAACACAUCCCACAGGCAAGCUAUCUUUGAUCUUCUCUGACGGGGUCUGUCUUGGAGUCUGAAGUCCCGUCCCUGUACCAUCUGCAGUUUGCAGUCUGACUCCAGAAGUCCAGGUGCCCAGCUCUAGCCCUGCUAAGUCAAAUCUUUUCCAGUGCAGAAUGGACUAGGAAAGUGGAGUUCAGUCCUAAAUUCUGCCCCUAAUCAUAUCAAUUCAGGUUGCAUCUGUGCUGACCCCACAGGGCAGGCAUGAGAAAGCGUGAGAACACUUGAAACUUGGAAAGCACCCUAGAGAUUGUCUGUUUAUUUUAAAGGAAGGUUGCAGAUGGAUGGUGCUAGGAGAGGAUGCAGAGGGCUGUCAAAGCAGUGGUCUGGAAGCCAGGAGGCCUGCCUGGCCACAGAGCAGGUGUGGGCCUUGGCAUGGCUCUAACCUCUGUGUCCCAGGGCUCUCAUCUGAAGGGCUUGGUUCUUAUGGCUCUGAAUUCCAUUCUCUUGUCUUUGAUGUGAAUAGCUUCUCUUUUGUUGUGGAUAUUCAUGUCUAGACUGUCCCCAGUGAAGGAAUAUAUGUAAACAAGCAGUGGCCCACUAGGGUCACAGAGUGGUGAGUGUGAGGGUCUAUUGACCAGAAGACCUCCCUGGGCGCCAUGCACAAGCACAACCUAUAGACACGACCCCCACUCAGCAGCUCAGAGUCCUGAGAAAAAUGGUGCCAGCUCAAGUAGGAAAGUGCAUAAAACAUAUGAAUCUUCUAGAAAGGGCAAAUUAGCAGGUUGUCGACAGUUGAGGUUUAAGGAGGCAACUAACCCUUCAAAUGCAUCCUGUCCUUUUAGCUGACAUUCCCAUGUAUACCCACGGGCAUGAGUGAGCUCCAUAUGACUGUUCUGGGAACCACCAGUGCAAGUUAUGUGGGUCGUGUCAGGAUCCCCGGCUCCAGGAACACGGGCUUCUCGCUGCCCGACUCACCUCGGGGGCCCUGUUGCCACAGCAGUUUCUGGUGCUCAGCUGUUGUUUGUCGUUGUUGCUAACCACAUGUGUACUUAGCCUGCUGUCCGCCAGCACUCUCAGAGUGCUAACUGAGGUCACCAGGGCCACGAUCCUAUAGGCAGAUCACACUUCAGCCCUCGUGGUUUGCCCUGUGGCUCUGCUGGGGACUCACUCUCAUCAGGCUGACUCACUGUUCUAGGUGGAUUCUGGCUGCAGACAAGGUCUGACCUUCUCUACAAAGGUCCUUGAGGAAUUGCUCAAAGGUCUUGUAAUCUCUGUAUAAGUAGUGCAGAAAUAGCCAAGUGUUCUGACGAGUCUUCACUUGGAAGAAUUAACCGGAAUGCAGAGACUCAGUAAAUAUCUGUAAAUGAUCCUGGAAUCCCAGCCCACAGCCCCCAGACCAAAAAAUAUCCACAGAACUGUUGUACGCUAUUGUAUAUUAACUAUUUCUGCUUUUGUAGCAACUUUAUUUGAUGUAAAAACAUGUGUUCAAAAAAGGUUAAUAAAAUGGAAGGACCAGACCACCCGUUUUAACUGGCCAUUCUGACCUCUGAUAAUCAGAGGGUCUUGGGUCGUCUAUCUGUCAGCAGCUGCUGCAAAAUGAGGAGGGAUGUUCACUGGUGAGGUGUGAUGGUGUUUUCUUGAUGGUAUUUAUCGCCUAUAGGAUGGUCAUUUAUCAGUUCAAAACGAUUUAACUCCUGGUAAUAAAAUUGUACACAUGACAUUAUAUCCUGUCCCGAA